AUGGAAUCGUCUCUGGCUGUACGUGGACUCCACGUCCAGCUUCCUCCCGCCUAUGAAACCCGCGAGGAUGUAAAUCCGUCCCUGUUGAUGAGCUGGUGGGCCACAGCCUUUUCGAUAGUCAUUAUCAUCGUCCGUCUAUGUGGUCGCUACGUGCGCAUGGAGCGCUUCUUCCCCGAGGACAAAGUGAUGACGCUCAGCAUGGUUCCUCUCGUCUGCCGCAUGGUCUUGGUACAUUACGUUUUGGUCUAUGGCACAAACAACGUUCAGACGGCCGGCUUGACAGCGGAAGAAGUCUCGAAAAGAGAGAUCGGGAGUAAGCUCGUUUUGGUAGCAAGGAUCUUUUACGCGAUCUUUAUCUGGACAGCCAAGCUCACCGUCUGUGAAUUUCUGAAACGAGUCACAGGCAUGGUCUCCCGUCGAUCCACCGCCAUCUUCCUGCGCUUUGUUCACUUCUUCUUGGCCUCGACCCUGGUGGCUGUCGUGAUUGCAACGUUGGCUGAAUGUCAACCAUUCGACCAGUACUGGCAGGUCAUUCCCAAUCCCGGCCCGCCAUGUCGUUGCGGAUAUGCCCAGCUCAUCACAAUGGGUACCUGCGAUGUCAUAACCGACCUUCUUCUCAUCGCCUUCCCUGUUCCGAUAGUCAUCAUGUCCAGAAUGCCAAUCAAACGCAAAAUAGGCCUCGUCAUCCUCUUCUGUCUCUCCCUCCUCCUAGUCGGAAUCACCUGUUACCGCGUACCCACUGUCAUCGAACGCAGAGGCAAUCAACCCUAUCGGUCACUCAUGGCCUCACUCGAGAUCCUCGCCGCAACAGCCGUCUCCAACGCCCUCGUCAUCGGCUCCUUCGUCCGCGACCGCGGCGUCAAGAAACUCAAAUAUAAACGCGAAAUGGCUUCUGCAUCUGUCAGCGAAAGUCUUGAUAACAGCUAUAUCCGUCGCAAUACACUCAUGCAGCAUCAAUGGGGCAGCGACUCCGAUCUUGCUGGUGGAUUGGGUAUAAGACUCGAUCCUAAGCUGCACCCGAGUGCAUCGUCGUCAGAAUCACACACUAUGCCUAUGCCCGUACCACCUGUUCCCUUGCACGUUGCACGCACCGGCUCUCUCAAUCCAUCAUGGUCCUUCCACCAACCUCGUCCCUCAGACGAUAACCCUCUCUCGAUGACUGACAGCCUCGAUAUGGAUGUCAGUCCGCGAGAAUAUAUCAAGACCAACCAGUCUCCUCGCGAAAACCCCGCCCUCUCACAAUCUACCCUCUCCUCACCGCGAGUGUCGUUCUUCGAUGUCGGCGGUCUACUAGAUCAGGACAAAGAGAGCCAACAUUCUCGUGCGGGCUUACGUCCUACCCGAACAGAACAAGGGUUAUCUGUGAAUCAAUCGCGCCCAUCUCGAGGAGGAAGAGCUUUUCUCGAGGAUUUGGGUGUUCUGCCCUCGCGAACUGCUGGCCGGACUACCCCACGCUUUUUAACGCCUCUUGCUCCAACUAAUACCCGACCUUUACAUGCCCUCCCACCUUACCGGGCUGCGCCUGAUGUUUCACUGGAUGUGAACGUUGAGCUGCAGGAUGUGGGUGGGCUCUUAUCUAGGCAUUCCCCGCCUACUCGUUGA